GUUUUGGAACAGUUGAUUUUAGUAUAACUCUUGCUUCUAUAAAAAUAAGUUAUUAUAAUGAAAACUGAAAAGACUAAUGGCAAAAGUGAUAAGCUGCGUCAGCGGCUUACCAAGCUGUUUAAGAAUGGUAAUGUCAAAGUUAAUCAAGUGAACGAGAAUGCUCAUAAAGAUCAGUUAAAAACAGCACCGCAUCCUAAAAAAAUGAACAAUGCUCAUAAAGAUCAAUUGAAGGCAAAGCCGCUACCAACAAAAAUGGACAAUUCUUAUAAAGAGGAAUUAAAAACGAAACCGCUUCCGACAAAAAUGGGCAAUGCUCAUAAAGAUCAGUUGAAGACGAAGCCGCUACCAACAAAAAAGGACAAUGCUUGUAAAGGGGCGUUAAAGACGAAACCACUUCCUACAACAAUGGGAAAACCAAAAAGUAAUAUAAAGGUUCCAACUGAAGCAAAGUCAGAACAGAAUAGUAGGAAGAGGAAGCUUCAACAAAAUGAUGCUACCAAGAAGGAGAACAAAUCCAACAACAUACCAAAUAAGCAAAACAAUAGUGCAAAAACACUUGGCAAAACUAAGCUCGAAGAAGGUCAAGUAAAUGCAAAAAUUAAUGGUAAAGGUAAAAAAACGGCCAAAGACAACCAAAAAGCAAAAGUUGUGAAUAAAAAGCUAAAAAUUGAUUUGCCUUUGGUGCACCACAAUGGAAGUAAUAAUGUGGAAACUUCGGGUAGCGAAGAUAGUGAGGAUUACUAUGAUUCCGAUGAGGAUUAUAGUUACGAAGAUGAUAAUGGACCUUAUGGUCAAUAUACUGAUGAUUCUGAUGCUUAUUCCGAUUCUGAUGAAAAUGAGCGCUAUUUUGAUGACUUUGAUGACUAUGAGUAUGAUGAUUCUGAUUCUGAAUACACUGAAAGUGAAAAUGAGGGCUACGAUUAUGACUCUGAUAUAUUUUCGGGACCCGAUCCCGAUUAUGAACUGCCACGAAAUGUUGCAGAAGAUCUAGUCAUACACAGAGGCACUGCACAGAAACACGAUUUAGGAAAAGAGCAUAAUGUUGAUUUCGAUAGUGAUAACGAUGAGCCACAGGUCGUUGAAUUGGUUGUAGAAAGUAAAAUUAAUGAAAUAAAACAACCGGAUGCAUAUGCCAAAACUGAGUUACAUAAAUUAAACGUGCAGUUUGUGCCAGCAAAUAAAGGACCCAUAAUGCAUAAAUUGAAAGAAAAAGUUGAAAAUGAAAAUGACUGCCCACAACUGGUACCAAUUGUUGAUGAAGAUGGUUUUCAGCUGUAUAACUCGGAGAGUGAUUACAGUUCGUAUGAAGAAUUAAGUGAUGAAAGCUCAAUACCCGAAGAGGAUAUAAAUUUGAAAUACACUUCAAGCGGAAAUGUUUGCAAUAGCGAUUGUGAUAGUGAAGAUAGUAUACAGAUUAAGAAACGAAAUCCAAUUUUCAAUAUAGGCAUCGUUAAUGUAGAAAACUGCAUUCGACAAGAAAGUAAUCAAAGUGUGAUAAGCUCAGAUGAAGUUGAAAUUGAACGACCGAUUUUUGAUAUACUCACUGCCGAAAAUUUGCAAAAAGUUAGUGAAAAAGACUCUGUUAUUACGGUUAAUAUAUGUGAGAGGGUAACGACGCCAGAGCCAGUGGAAGAAACUGUCGAAAAGAAUCGUGAAGAAGUAGCUUCUCGGGGAGUUUCUGAGAAAGAACUAAAAAAUGCCAAUGUCGAUUUGCUCAUAAACCCCGUAAAUGAUGAUACCAAAGUAGUGGCUGCAGGGGAAACUGCAAGUGAUAAUGUUGAUUUGGUCACUCAACAUAUAAAUGGGGAAGAAGUUGAACCCCUUAACGAUGAAAUGGACACAAGCGCAAAUAUUAAUGAUGAAAUAGCUAAGAAUUUUAAUAUAGAUGAAAUCAUAAACAAUAGACAGGAACAAAGAACUUUUAGCUCAAUUUUUAUAAACGCUGUCAGUUCGAAUCUUGUGCUUGCGCUGGUGAAAGAACCUUUCUAUUUAUAUGGAACAAUUUCUGUAACGCUACUAGCCGGCCAAGUUGAAAUAUACGGCUAUAAACCGCGCCUUAAUGAAGAGGUGGAGAUAUUUUCACCACGUGGCUGCUGUAGCGUUGACAUAACCAGCAUUCCAUCCGAUCCUUCAACUAAAGAUAAAGAUCUUGAAAAUUCAAUAGAUCCUCUGCGAUCAGCAUUUAGUUCAGUUGAUUUAGAGCGUAUAGAGAAGGCUUUUGAAAGUGGCAGCGAUGCAUUGCUGCUGUUGAAGCGUAACAAUCGUCGAAAAAAACUGAAAAAUAUUUUCAAAAAAUAUAUGAAUGAAAAUGUUUUUCCCAACAUGAAUUCCAUACUACCAGAUCGGCCGCUCUAUGCCAGUGAAUAUUCGCUGGAUUGCGUAUUAAACAUAGCCACUGAAAGAUCUUUGCGCAUACCUAGGGAGUGGCGUGAAUUAUACUUUACAAAACGAUCUAAAGUUCUACUCUCCGGUGGCAAAUCGGUGGGAAAGUCGACGCUUCUACGUUAUCUUUUAAACCGUCACUUGGAGCGUAGUGAACGUGUGCUUGUCAUUGACCUCGAUAUUGGGCAAGCGGAACUUUUCACACCACAAACAGUUUCUUGCACUGUUUUAACACAGCCUUUAUUAGGACCUGGCUUCUUUCUUAACCACCAACCUACACGUGCGUACGCUGUUGGACACAGCAACAUAAUACUUUGCGCCCAAGCGUAUAUGCGCGCCGUUAAACAACUCAUUGAGUACUGUCAUUCAAACACGGAAUUCGCGGAGAUGCCGUGGCUGAUCAACACAAUGGGUUAUAAUAAAGGAUUUGGCUUGGAAGUGAUGCACCUUAUUACGCAACUAAUAAGACCCACCGAUGUGGUGCAAUUGCAAAGUAACCGAGAAAUUAAUAAUUUCGAUAUAUUAUUGCAUUCUCAUGCGCUAGCUAGGUUAGAUCGCACGAUUUACACGCAAGACGAAUUCAAAGAGGAAAAGAGUGAUUCAAAGCUAGAGUAUCGCCUACAUGUCUUAUCUUCGGCUGUGCUGCAAGAAAGUCGCUAUCAACGUGAAUGGGAAAUGGGUGCUAAGGAUUUGCGUUAUGCAACGUUUUUAUCACGACUGAGCGAAGUGUUGCAAGGUAGUGCUGAGUGGCUGACGGAUUGUGUGCCUUUUGGUGUUUUUAUUGAUAAGCUACACCUAGUGAAUUUGGUUUCCAAUAAAUCCACAAACGAAGAGCUGCUCCACGCUUUCGAGGCUAAUUUGGUUUACUUGUGCCGAAAGGAAGAGGAAAAUAGCGGGCCACUGGAAUGUUUUGGCAUUGGCAUUGUGCGUGCUAUUGACCUCAAAAAAUUAUACUUGCUACCAGCAAUGUCCUACGACAAACUAAGCACAGUCAAUUGCUUAGCCUUGGGUGAAAUGCCACUACCGACAUCGUUGUUCACAAAUCAAGGACCCAAAGUGUCUAAUAUGGCGGCCUAUCUUUACAAUACUGUUGAUGCAAAAACUUCCAAAUCGAUUAAGCAAAUUUACCGUCGACCAGCACAAUUUCUGACGGGAAAACAUAAAAACGUGCUCAACGACUAGUGUAAUUAUUACAUUUCAUGUAUUCUCUGUUAAUUAUACUUAAUGAAUUGAUGACUAAAACAUAGAGUGGAUUAUACAA